AUAAAAAUUUGAUUAUUACUUUUUACAAAUAACCUGUAAAAAAAUGACUAACGCAAUCAACUAAUUCUUAGGUUAGACAUUAAACACCCUAACCAUUAAUUAAUAAUGAAAUUAAUAAGGCUACAAGGAUGCUGUUGUUUAGAUUUAAGGUCCGGAACUUUGUGCAUCGGAAUUAUUUUUUUGAUCGGCCAAAUGAUAUCCGUUGUCCAAAGCGUGGUGCGGAACAACAAGCUGACUUGCGUCGGAGUUCCAGACCCUUUAGCGUGCCAGCGGUCGUCAACAAUGGAAGUCGUCUUUACCUCAGUCGGUAAUCUAAUGUUCUUCGUUGUUACAGCGAUAAUGCUUGUAGGAUCCACACGGGAUAAUCACAAGUUAAUGGUACCGUACUUGGUUCUCCGAGGAACAGGAAUUAUCCUGCUCUUUGCCACGCUUUGGUACAUCGGAGUCAAGUAUUUGCUGAUGCUAGUCGGUUGGGGCUUAACUAUCUUAAUUUUUGGAAAUGCUUUCAUCUGUAUGGAAGUUUAUUUAUGGCUGGUGGUCAACAGUCGGAAGCUUGAGAUCCAAUAUGACGACUAUUGAAAGACUUUUAAGGAAAAGUUCAAUAAAUAGUCAAAACUAACCUUAAAAAUUGCUAUUUUUUUUAUUUACGCCGAAAUAAUUCGGU